ACUAGAUUAGAAUUAUAAACGAGGUACUCUGUUUCUACUUCGUGCUCACAAUCAGAUCCGAACCGGCCUGACUCGGCCGACUGUCACACAGCUCCAGACUCACUCUCUCUCCGAUCUCACUAGUCAAACUCCCAAAAUUGGCACCGGCAAAAAUGGCCGGCACCGCCACAAACCUCCUCUUGGUUCUGAUUGCCGCCAGCCUCGUAAUCAGCUCUAUCUCGGCCACCCCAAUCAUAGGGCUAGACUCCUUCCUCUCGCAGCAAUCGCGUCUCGACCCACAAGCCUCCAAUGACUCCUUCCUCUCUCUCUCCUCCUCCCUCAAGAAGUCUCUCUCUCACUCUACCCCGCUUUCCCACAAGACAAAUAAUCUCAUCUCCUCUCUUCUUUCACUCUCCGUUUCGAUCUCCAUCCAUGUCCGUCUCGUUGGUAACUCUUUUCCUUCCUCUUCGCAGACUCUCCUCGAGUCUUUUCUCUCCGCAUCCCAACCCUCCAACCAUUUUCACGUUAUCACUCCCUUCGACAAUCUCCUCCACAAACUCGCCGUCAAGCACUCUCUCCACCUCGAUGUUUCUCAUUCUCCCUCUCUGGCUUCGCAGCUAUCUCAAGCUAUUCAGUCUGAGAUCGCCAAAACCCCUUCGAGUCUUCGCUCGCCUCUACUUUCCGUUCCUUACUCUUCCAUUGACCAGAUCAUUAAGCAGGACUUCGAGAAAGAUAAGCCUGUUCAUGGGGUUUACUUAUAUUUUCUAGAUUUAGGAUCCCAAUCCAAGCCUUAUGCCUAUAGCUAUAGCCAUGGAGAUUCCUCCCCUGCUUAUUCCAAGUGUUUGGGGAGUAUCUGGACUGGCAAAGAGAGAUAUAUCUGGAUUGAUUUGGGUGCUGGGCCGGUUGAUUAUGGCCCGGCGCUAACAGGUGAUGGGCUUCUUCCGAGAGGCGAGUUUCACCCAUUGGCAGCGUUGCACGGUAGACCCAAGUCGCAGAAGGCUUUGCUUGCGGACUUGUCAUCUUUGGUUUGGAGCGCCUACCAGGUUCUUCUUGUUCCUUCUUUGAGAAUUCCCGUCCCUUUUGAGAAUUCAUUGAUUGUUCAAUUUAUACAUAUAUAUGGGACUGAGAAUGGUGAUUCGAGUGGUUUGGAUUGGAAAUCUAUCGAGAGAACGUUUAUGGAUGAGGUUAAUGAAAAUGGGUUGUUGUUGGCUGAUCAAUCUUUGAGAUUUAGGACAUAUAAAUUGAAUUACAAUGAGUGUCCUAUUUGUGCGUUUGCCAUAGCUCGGUCUACUAAUUCAUACACAUCAAGGUUCCUCUUUGAUAACUAUACUAUGAUUGUGAAUGAGUAUUUGGACUCAAAGCGUUUGCAUCAUAUACUGUCGGACUCGGCUGAGGAGUUCAGGAAGGUGGCAGCAAUUCCGGAGGAGGAUUUUGGUAGAGUUCUUCCAGUUUAUGUGUUUGAUUUGGACUUCCAUUCAAUCUUGUUGCUUGAUCGGUUUCACCAGUCUGUUGCAUUCAAAGAUAUGGUUGUUGCUGUAAGGACAAAGAACACACAGACAGUGAGUGAAUAUAGCUGCAAUGGUCGUCAUGUGUUUAUGCAGGCACGGGAGCUUGAGCGACCCCUUGUAGGUUCGAUUUUACAGAGCAUGUGGGGAGUUUCACCAACGCAUUUGUUAUGGAGCCCCAGGCACAAUGCUACGUUGGUGGAUUACACGUGGAGUAUUGGACAAACUCCAUUUGGUCCAUUCUCUGAGAUUUCAUCAUUAUCUUUUGUGCAGAAAGAUGCUGCUCGGAGAAAUGUUCUUUUGACAUCAUUGAAUUAUACAAUAACAAGUGCUAUUGAUGUUCUUGAAUCCAUAGCAGCUCAUGGCGGAGAGAGAAAACUUUUGAAACAUAAUCAACAAGUGGAGUUCGUGCAACGAUGGAACUUGUUGAAGUUCAAGCUGGAUAAGGCAGUGUCUGCAUUGUCUCGUUUGGAUUUUGAGAUGGCUUUGUAUUACCUGAGGUCUUCGGAUCAUGAUUUAUAUGGCAUCCACUCUCUUGUCUAUACUGCAUCCCAGGAAUUGGAGGCAUCACUUGUUUGUUUCAAGGAUCCACCAUUUCCGUGGGUUUCAGCUUCCUUCUCUAUGGGUUGUUUCUUUGCUCUCUUUUAUCUUUAUCUGAAAAGAGACAAGCUUUUUAGAAAUAAGAGAAAGCAAUUUUGAGAAAGGUUUAGAAGAGCCGAAGUUUGUAUCAUUUGAGACAAUUAUAGAACACUUGUAUUUCUGUAAGAAAUCUAAGCCACAGUUUACUACUCAUUAAUCAUAUAUUGAAUCUGAACAACAUGCAGCUUAGAGGAACUUCAAUGGUGUAAUUUGCUUUUCUUCUGCAUCAAUUUGAAAUUUCUAUUAUAGCUUUACUUAUAUGCAUAUAAGAUAUGCUUCCAUGAGCUGGCUUCCUAUGUAACAAACUUCUUGUUGUUCUAAAAUCCAUUUUCAAGGACCAACUGAUUCCAAUUAGCACA